UCUCGGCAGAUUCUGACGGCAUUGUCAAUACGCCUUUUUCUAAAUAAACAACUACAGCGUCGAUUCCUUCUCUCAUGGUUUCAAAAUCGGAUUUUAGGAAUUUGAACACUUCUUGACUCCUCAUUUUUUAACAAACAUUUAAACCAUUUAAACCAACGAAGCCGUUAGAAUAAAGUUCGAUAAAGUAUCCAAAUAACAAUUUAUCAACUUUGUUGUUCUGCUCGUUGAUGCCGAACACGCGGAAUACAAAUUGGGCAAUAUUUCAAUUCUUAGAUCAAGUGUGACCUAUGCAUUUUGCAAAAUUCUGUAAUUUACUACCAGUAUUUGCUCCACAGUUUAUACAUACUUAUGUAUCUAUCAUGGAAAGAGCUUGCUUAACCGGAAAUUUGCUAUUGGCAAAUUUGCAUGGUCGAGGGUUAAUACUACAAAAGUGAUAAAUGAUCAAACUCACUAAGAUUUUGGCUGUUUGGUGCAUCAGUUGAUUCGACCUUUUGUGAGCCUAUUUAAUUGUUCAUAAGUGUUAUUUGUGAUGAGAAAGUGACAAAUUACAUUCAGGCAGAUGGAUCAAAGCAUGUAGGUGAACAAAAACAAAGACGCUGUCAUUCGAGAGAGUUGAGCUGAAGAAGUGACAAUAUUUUUAAAAGAACAAUUCAAGACUGCCACCCACCCACAAAUGUGGCUGAAAAGUUUCAAAUCUACUAAUGCUCUGUGAGACGCGAGUUUGACAAACUAAAAACUCUAAGAUUUGUUACGUAUUUGAAAUAGAAGUGUCCUGAAGUGUGGUUUUACCGUCUUACAUACACGCAUACGUGAAAUUCGUUGCAGAGCCGAUCAGAAUGAUACAAGGCUGAAAUUGUCAUCUUCAAUUUCUACAAGAUCCGAAAAUGACCCCUCUGACCAAUUCACCAAUUUCAAAAUUUUUUCCUUCGAGUAAUCCCAGAAAUUUGAGUAAUUUUCUCGUUCUAAUUUUGAUUCUAAUUUCAUCAUCAAAUUGGUCGGACUGCAAGAUCAGAGACAGUGAUCCUGAUAAUCGUAAAGUGGAUCGACACAACAAUAGACAAUUCAACAAUGGAAGUAUUGCAUUUGUACAAAUACCUCACUCAAACCCACCAACUGUUCGCCCUCCGCCGUAUACAAUUUCAAGAGAUAAAUGUCCGGUUUCUUCACCGAGAGAAAAUUGGGUUAACACUUUAUGCGGAGAUCUGAACACUGGGUUUGUGCCACAGAAUCCCUUAGCACAUAAAUUCUCUGAUGGUGGUACUUAUCCAUUUGACAUUAUAAAAAACAAAACCCUGGAAUUUUUCCGUCGUGCUCUACCUAUUUUGAAGAACAAUAAGUCACUUCCUAAAGUUGCAAAAUAUGCGUCAGUCGACUUUCAACCACAACAGUCAUCAGCAAAUCAGCGGCGUGGCAGGCGCGGCAUUGCUACACGCCAACCGGCGUAUCCAUCCCCAUUGUCAGACCCAUACUUCCCGGAAGACACUUCUUUUUAUCCCGAUUCGCCAUCCCCUAUUCUUUCCCCAUCCCGAAAAAGACGACAAUAUGGCCCUGGACCAAGUCACAGUAAUCACAACAGAUUUUGCGAGAACGCCAUGAAUUAUUACAACCGACUCUGCAAAAUCUAUAAUGCCAUGUGGGGCAAGUCUCCUCACAAAAUCCAACGAGAAACAUCAAUGGAAAAUCGGUAUUACCAUCCAAACCAGCAGCAAUACAACAAAGGUUCUGGUUCACCUCAUCAUAGAAGUCAUCUUUCUCGUCCGAGUAUCGAUGUAACCGUGAUUGAACCCUCGAAUAAAGCUCCAAAAUACUUGAAUACAGCCCCUGUGACCUCCCAAUCGUCUCAAAAUGCUGUGGAGUUGCCCCCCACGCCAUGUCCGUCCUCAGCAGAGUAUAUGACGCCCGUUUUUGCGAGAAAUCACGAAGGAGCGUGGAGGUAUGUUGUACAAAUACCGAAGGAGGGUUACUUUACGCAAACUGUGGAGGUGACAAAAUGCCUUAAAUCAAAUUGCUAUUACAUGGAUGGCUCGUGCAAGACCUCCCCCCGGUGGCAAAGCCUAUUAGUCGCAGAAUUAUAUUAUCCAGAUGGGUUUUCUUCGUCCAAACCCCUGAGUAGUAGUGGCAACAGUGAUUUUGACCGAUCCGGAAAUGAUUUGACCGUUGGCAAGAGCAGCAGCGUUCGUACGAAGACGGAUCCCGCACAAUGUGAUGGAUAUCAUGAAGGGAUCGGGUGUUAUCAAGUUCGGUUAUUCUACGAUUGGUUUCUAAUUCCUGGCUCGUGUAAAUGCUGGAAAUCUCAGUUUGAUUUUUCAAAAAGGUCUCAAACGUCUUUCCCCUAAAACGUCGUACCUCCUCCCUUCGUUGUCCUUUAAUACCUUUGUUGUAAAUAUAUAUGAUGCAACUUCACAAUUCAAUUAUACUUGCUGUUUUAGAAUUAUUGUUAACUAAUUAGUAUCAUUAAUUAUAGUAUAAUUACUUUAAUUUACUUUAAUUAGUUACCAACUUAUAUAGAGUGCAAGUUCAUGCAAAACCAGAGUGGAAUAAAUUGUUUGAGACGAAAAUUAUUA